GCACUCCUAUUGGUUUGGCAUGUUUCAGUAGCUGUGAGCUGAGCUCUAAUUGGCUAUUUUUUUAGUAAGAAAAACCUUGAAGUGAUGCCGAGUCCCAAGUCUGGUCCUGAGAAGAUACAGUAGCUCAUCAUGGCCGACUGGAACCACUGUUUGACCUUUGGCCUCUCAGUGGCCAAACAGGCCAGUCAGCUGAUCAUGGCGGCAUUUAAGCAGCAGAAGGAGGUGACCUGUAAAAGCUCUGCUGCUGAUUUGGUGACACAAAGCGACAUGAAGGUGGAGAAGUUUAUUAAGUCUGCCAUUGCUGAGAAAUAUCCUCACCAUAGGUUCAUCGGGGAGGAGUCCGUGGGCAUGGGGGACACCUUGCUGCUGACAGAUCAUCCCACCUGGAUCAUUGAUCCCAUUGAUGGAACUGUCAAUUUUGUCCACAGCUUUCCGUUUGUGGCCGUCUCCAUCGCCUUCUGUGUCAAUAAGCAGACGGAGUUUGGUGUCGUGUACAGCUGUGUGGACGACAAAGUGUACCAUGCUCAGCGAGGAAGAGGAGCCUUUUUGAAUGGACAAAUGCUGCACGUCUCCGGACAGCAAGAUGUGAGCAAAUGUGUGGUGGUGACGGAGAUCGGGGCGGAGCGCGAUGAUGUUGCUCUGUCCACAAUGACGUCCAACAUCUUCAGACUGCUGAAGCUUCCUGUGCACGGAGUGCGAGCAUUAGGCACGGCGGCAGUGGAUAUGUGUCAGGUAGCGACUGGUGGCGCUGACGUCUACUAUCACAUUGGGAUGCAUUGCUGGGACAUCGCUGCCUCUGCUAUUAUCGUCCAGGAAGCUGGAGGCGUUGUCAUGGAUACUGAUGGCUCAGAGUUCGACAUGAUGUCACGCCGAGUCAUCGCAGCGAGCUCGUCUACUCUGGCCAAUCGUAUUGCUCGGGUUAUUAGUGCAUUUCCCUGUUGCCGUGACGACGCCAAGCCAAGCACAUGACGUCCGUGUCGGCGGGAUUGACGGCCAUCUGUCAGUCAUGUAUGCGGUCAACCACCAACCAUAGCUGCUGAGCGGUGGAGUAUACAAAUGGCAAUCUGUUAAGUCCAUUUCUCUCUUUUGGUGCCUAUGUGUGGGUCAAAACAAUCAUAAAUAAACUCAAUCAAUCAAUCAA